AGCCAACCACACCGUCUUCCCUUUCCAGCCUUUAGCCAACCCCCAGGACAGAGGCAAACGUCCAACGAAGCAGCAGCAGCAGCAGCCAAAUUGAAACCUCAACAACGUUCUCUUCACCUUCUUCCUCCCAUCUUCUUCCUUUCCUUUCCAUCAAAUUCAUUCAUGACAAUGGCUGCUGCCAUCUAGUCCUUUUCCUUCACUGACAGACCAAAUCUCAACAACGCUCUCUUCGUUCCUUUCUUCCCCAUCCCAUUUAUUUUAUCAUCUCUCUCUCUCGUGUCUCGUCCUUCUUUCUGACAUGAAGCCUCUGCUGCGGCUGCUGCCGCCCCGUUCCCGGCCUCUCUUGUUCCUUUUGGCGACGGCGAUGGCGGUGGUGAUGGUAGAUUCAGAUCUGGCAUCCGAUAGGGCUGCGCUUGUGGGCCUCCGCAGCGCUGUCGGCGGCAGAUCUCUCUUGUGGAACUUGUCCGACACUCCCUGCAAUUGGGCCGGUGUUACUUGCGCCGGGAACAGAGUUGUCGAGCUCCACUUCCCCGGGAUGGGUCUCUCCGGCGAGCUCCCUGUAGGGCUCGGCAACCUCACCCAGCUUAACACUCUUUCCGUCCGUUUCAACGCGCUCAGAGGGGGGGUUCCGGCCGACAUCGCAAAUCUCGGGUUGCUCAGGAAUCUCUAUUUACAAGGGAACUUCUUCACCGGUGAGAUUCCGGCUUUCCUGUUCGGUCUGCAGAACUUGGUGAGGCUCAAUUUGGCGAAUAAUAACUUCUCCGGCCCAAUCUCGCCGGAAUUGAACAAGUUGACCCGGUUGGGCACGCUGUAUUUGGAGGGCAAUCAGCUCACGGGUCCAAUCCCCAACCUCAAUGCUUCCCCGCUCGAUCAGUUCAACGUCUCUUUCAACAAUUUGGCCGGGCCAAUCCCUCCGGCUCUCACCGGGAAACCGGCCACAGCUUUCGAAGGCAACUCCCUGCUCUGUGGGAAACCCUUGGCUGACUGCAAUGGUAGUUCCGGAAAUGGAACUUCGAGCGGAGGCAGUUUGUCUGGCGGCGCAGUGGCCGGCAUCGUAAUCGGGUGCGUGAUUGGGUUUCUGUUGCUUUUGAUGAUUUUGCUCUUCUUGUGCCGGAGAAGGAAACCUUCGAAAGAGGUUGCCAACAAGGACAUUGAGGAGCCGAACCAGAGCGAGAUGCAGAACCCUUCAGCGGCGGGCGAGGGAGCCAAGUCGAGCUCAGCGCACUCCGUCGCAGCGGCGACGGGAGCCAAGGUGGACGCCAAGGGUCUAGCCAGUAAGAGUCUGGUGUUCUUCGGGAACACUCCAAGGAAUUUCAAUCUAGAAGACUUGCUGAGAGCUUCUGCUGAAGUACUGGGGAAGGGAACUUUUGGGACGACAUACAAGGCUACCUUGGAGAUGGGUGUAGUGAUGGCGGUGAAGAGGUUGAAGGAUGUGAUCGUGAGUGAGAAGGAGUACAGAGAGAAGAUCGAAGGAGUUGGCAAGAUGAAUCAUGAGAAUUUGGUUCCAUUGAAAGCCUAUUAUUUCAGCAGAGAUGAAAAGCUUCUGGUUUAUGAGUACAUGUCCGUGGGAAGCUUGUCUGCACUUUUACAUGGAAACAGAGGAGCAGGGAGGACACCAUUGAACUGGGACACAAGGUCAAUCAUAGCCCUUGGAGCUGCCAGAGGGAUCGCAUACCUACAUUCGCAAGGCUCCACAAUCUCUCACGGGAACAUAAAAUCAUCAAACAUCCUCCUCUCCAAAUCCUACGAAGCCCGUGUCUCUGAUUUCGGCCUAGCCCAAGUUGCAGGCCCUGCCCCAAACCCUAGCCGAGUGGACGGAUACCGUGCUCCCGAAGUAACCGAUGCUCACAAGGUGUCCCAGAAGGCAGACGUCUACAGCUUCGGUGUCCUGCUGCUGGAGCUUCUCACUGGGAAGGCUCCCACGCAUUCGCUGACCAAUGACGAAGGUGUGGACCUUCCGAGAUGGGUUCAGUCGGUGGUGAGGGAGGAAUGGACCGCCGAGGUGUUUGAUCUCGAGCUGCUUCGCUACCAGAAUGUGGAGGAAGAGAUGGUUCAGUUGUUGCAGCUUGCCAUUGAUUGUAGUGCUCAGUAUCCAGACAGACGCCCUUCCAUGGCUGAGGUGAGUAGCAGGAUUGACGAGAUUUGUCGAUCCAGCGGCUCGCAAGAUGGUGGCAUUGUGGAUGAAACGUCGCAGCAAACUUACUCGGUUGAUUCAGGGGCUCCACCAUCCGCGUGAUCAGGACAGGACAGCUGAGCUAGCUGCUGCAACAAACGGGAAUAAAAGUGGUACAAACCGAAUUGGGGCGUGCAGAGCAGAGCUUCUUCUCUUUCCUUCUUUGAUCCAAUAUUUCAUUUGCAUUAGUUCAAGAUUGAUAUCAUUGUUCAUUUCAUUCUUGUGGAAGAAAAGGUUUCAUCCUGUUUGAUUUGUGUUCAAAAUUUUAUUGAGAUAGAAGAGAGAGUCGUUUCAUUUUUACCCAUUUUUUCUUGGAUUUUUUGCAUUUUGUUUCGAAUAUUGUGGAUGGAAGUGUGAAUGAUGAAACGAUAACUAGCAAGUUUGUUUUCAUUUGGAUAUUACUCAACGUAUUCCUCUUAACUUUUUUGCAUGCCCUCAUCAGUUGGUAGAAAAUGUUGGUUAC